GCUGCUACCUCUCUGCGAUCUCUUGCAUCAAGUUGCAUUUUAUUUUUGCGCCGAUCUGCACAAGUCUAGCUGUAGAGCUCUUGUCACGAUCUCACAGUAGUUAUCUCACAAAAAGGCCCCACCAUGGGAAAUCGUAUCAAAGUCUUAGAUAUUCUGCCUCUACAUUCAUCUGAAGGAAGGGAGGACACUAUAGAAUGCGAAAUCCGCACCGUUGACCUUGGAGAAUAUGGAUUGAUGGAACAAUAUGAGACGCUCUCGUAUGUUUGGGGUAACCAGACAUCUACACUACCCAUUUUCAUUUCAGCGCAAAAGGUGGACGUGACCACGAGCUUAUACGCGAUAAUGCAGCAAAUUCGACUGCCUGAUCACAAAAGAACAUUAUGGAUCGACCAGAUCUGUAUUGAUCAAAUGAACCCUGCGGAGAAAGCAGAGCAGGUACCCCUCAUGGGGAAGAUCUAUUCCAAUUGUACACGGUGUCUCGUAUGGCUAGGCACAAUUCCACAUGAAAAGCAUAUCUCGCUGGAGGAUGCAGAGGCCGCGUUUGAAAUCAUCCGAUACAUGGCAGCUGCUUCGAAAGCGAGUACAGAUGCAGACAUCAAUUAUCGCGUGCCAUCGUGCAUCACAACUGGUCUGCCAUCGCAAGAGUCAAGCCUUGCAGGAGCCAUGCGAGCUAUGUCAGCCAUAUCGAGUGCAGAAAACCCGUGGUGGCAUCGUGUAUGGACCGUGCAGGAGGCAUCGCUGCCGAAACAGCUUUUACUUCUUUGGGGACCUAUAGCUAUAUCGUGGGACACAAUAUGUCAAGCAUCGGCUUGUUGGACUGGUGCUAAAGGCAAGUUUCCGAGAGCCGUCUGGGAUUUCAUAUCGUCUCCCUCUUACUUAGAAACAACGAAAGCCCUGCUCAUUCAUUCUCUCUGGAUUCAGGCUACCUGCCAGGAUAAACCUUUCUCUCUUGUCCGUCGCUGGCGUCACAGGAUAGCGACUGAUCCUCGAGACAAAAUCUAUGGCUUGUUGGGUUUGUUACAGACACGUGGCAGCCUGCCCUCCGUCGAGGAAUGUAGAUACGAUAUUCCUGCAGCCGAAGUUUUCGCCAGGCUAACGAUCGACUUGAUCAUCAACGAAAACAGUCUCCUACCCCUGAUGAACGACCCCAGGCUCGAGCCUGAAAUACGGACAGAAGCCGUUCAGUCCUGGGUCAUGGAUGUGAAAUCGCUUCCUUUACAUGAUACUGACUGGUAUCACAUUUAUGGAAGUCCAUACUACAACGCCGAUAAAGGGCUACCACCCUUGAAUCUCGAGCCCUUGCGACUGGCAGUCGCGGAAGGAAGGUACGACACGCUGGAACUAAAGGGCAUCACAGUCGACACAGUGAAGGAUGUGCACCCAGAUAGUAUAAUCGUUGUCAAUUCCGGGAACAAUGCGGAGAAGCUACGAUUCGAUACGCUCUUGUCCUGGUACGAAACUGCCAAACAGUCUGCAACACGAGAACCGCAAGAAACGUUCGCAAAGCUCCUCCUUGGUACACUCAUCAGACACGUAGAACAGCAGCCGAAGCGUUGGGUCACUCCCGAGGACGAAGCAGACGUCCUGUCGUUCCUAGACUCACAGAGCGUGGCUUCGGAACUACGAUUGACGAUCUUCCACCAGACGCGGAACCAGAAGUUUUAUAUCACAGAGGGUGGCCGUUUUGGGCUCGGUCAUCUCGACACCAGACCUGGGGAUGAGGUGUGGAUUUUGGGUGGUGGCUCGGUUCCAUUCACGCUGAGGCCGAAAGAGAGGGACGGGAAGAAGUCUCCCUCCUCUGGUAUAUUUGAAGGGACAUUCGUUGGAAGGACUUACGUGCAGGGUAUCAUGGACGGUGAAGCAGUUCCAGGUGAAGAUGAACUGAGCGAAAGGAAGGUUCUUUUAUCUUAAUGGAACUAUUGCAUAGACAUGCGUAGUAAAUGUAGAUGAUAUACUGCACUUGUGGGACAAGCUGAGCAGAUUUCAGGAAACAGGUAUCUCAAUUCUUGCUCACCCCCAUUUGCCGUUUUAGGAUUACAG